UUUUAAUAUUUCGUGGGAAGACUUAGUAAGGUUAGGUGUUAUUUAUUUUUAUUGGAAAAAGUAAGUUUAGGUGUUAUUUGUUGACAAAGUUAAAACAUAGUUUCCUUUUUUUACGGCAAAGAAAAAGACGAAUUAGAUGUGUAUUCAAACAACCACACGAAAACACGUUUUGACGUUGGCUGAUCCAUCUUUGAAUUCUCCAUGACUAAAAGAGAAGAAAGAGUUUUUCCAAAAUAUAAUUUAGAAUAAAACAAUGUCUCGACACCCAAAUCAUUUUAAUAAAAUAAAAAACAAAAUAAAUAUACUCCAUUUUUUAACUCCAAAUAGGAUUUGAUUGAAGUAAAAUCAACUUCAGUUAAUUGUUUUAAAAAAAUAACGUUUUGUAUCGAAGAUGCUCUUACACAUGAUUUUUAUUUUGGUUUCAUUUGAUAUUGAAUUCUGUAUGAUUUUACAUUUACUAAUAACAUAAUUGUAACCUGUAACUUUUAACUAGUGAUCACAAGGUGAAAAGACAAUCCGUCAUCUGCAGUACAAAAUAUCAAUUACACACCAAAUUCAAAUUUCAUACAUGACACAAUUUUAAGCAAUCUCAAGUGUUGUUUAGAUUGUUCUUUCGUUAAGAACAAAAGAAUAGUCUUCAUUCCACCACAACCAUUCAGUAAAAAUGCAAAUUCUUUUACGAACAUAAAUGCAAUCUGUACGGUGCAAACCUAUCCACAACCCUUUUAUUACACAAUCAAUUAAACCUGUCUCCUCCUUCUGUCCUCUCUGAAAAGUCGAAAAGUCAAAAAGUCAAAAGGGUCUGGAAAAAAAUUAAGAACAUGUUUGGUUAAAAAGAGAGACCCACCCAAGCGGUCGGAUCUGUCCAAAAUAGUUUGUGACGGUCGCAAGAGGGAAAAGAUAAAUAGGAAACGGAUUUAAAGGAAACGGCUCAGACAGAUUUUUUUUAAUUAAGACACUCUUACAACCUUUCUCUCUGUUUCAAACCAGUUGUAGCCUUCCUCUCUUAUCAAACUUCAUUGAAUCUGAGACAGAUAGGCAAACCACACAAAACCAGAGUUCUCCAUCCCUUCAAGACAAUCCGACUUCCUAUUUAUCUUUUCAACAAUUCUCGUUCCUUUACCCAAUUCCGGUCUGAAACUCGCCGGAAAGUUUGAAACUUUCUAACAAGGCGAGUCCUUGUUUCUCUGUUUGAUUAUUUCUCCGUCACUGAAUCUUUCUUCUCGGGGGAGGUUUGCGAUGAAUCUAGAAACAAUCAGACCGUUCACCUGACAACGCUCUGAGAUUUGUCUUUUUGCAUCUUUUUAGAAUCUUCUCUUGUUUUGUUUCUCAGAUCCAUUGACUUGAUCCACACACAAAAAGUUUCUAUCUUUAUAAAAAGCUUUAGCUACGAUCUUGCAAGCCAAAAAGCGAUGAGAAGCUUCUUCAUAUUCUUCUUAACAACAUGUCUGACUCUCUUCCCUCAUCCUCUACACGGCGGUGUACCCUACACCGGCAGCAUCUCUCCAGGCUUCGAAGGAUCUCAGAUGAACUACAUCAACAACAACGGCAUCUUCCUCGAAUCCAACAGCUCCGCCUUCGGCUUCGGCUUCAUAACCACUCCAGCUUCCGUCACUCUCUUCACGCUCAGCAUCGUCCACAAACCCACCUCGAGACUCAUCUGGUCCGCGAACAGAGCUUCCCCUGUCUCAAACUCCGACAAGCUCCAGUUCCAAUCCAACGGAGCCAUCGUCCUCCGCAGAGAAGAAGGAGGAGAAGCCGAGGUUUGGAGAUUGGACAAUGCAAACAAAAACGCUUCGAGAAUGGAGCUUCGCGACUCGGGGAACCUCGUGGUUGUCUCCGGCGACGACGGAGCUUCGAUCUGGGAGAGCUUUGAUCAUCCAACAGAUACUCUGAUCACAAACCAGGCUUUUAAAGAAAACAUGAAGCUCACUAGCAACCCGUCUUCGAGCAACAUGACUUACUCUCUCGAGAUCAAAUCAGGAGAUAUGCUUUUAUCCGUCGACAGCUCGACACCUCAAACGUACUGGUCCAUGGGGAACGACAGAGGGAGGAUCAUCGAAAAAAACGGCGUCGUGACGUCAUCGUCUCUCCUCGGGAACUCGUGGAGGUUCUUUGAUGAGAAACAGUCUUUGUUAUGGCAGUUUGUUUAUUCGGAUAAUAAAGAUGAUAACGCCACGUGGAUCGCGGUUCUAGGAAACAACGGUGUGAUCUCGUUCUCGAAUCUUGGGAGCGGUGUCUCUGCUGCUGAUUCCUCGACUAAAAUCCCGAGCGAUCAGUGUUCGACGCCCGAGCCUUGCGGGUCUUACUACUCAUGCUCUGGGAGUAAAGUGUGUGGAUGCGUCUCCGGUUUAUCGAGAGUUCGGUCUGAUUGCAAAUCCGGGAUCGAUACUUCUCCUUGCGAUAAUAAGAAAGACAAUAACGCAUCUUCUCCUGUGGAGCUUGUAAAUGCUGGAGACGGUGUUGACUACUUUGCUCUCGGGUUUGCUUCUCCGUUCUCCAAGAAAGUUAGUCUCGAUAGCUGUAAAGAGUUCUGCAGCACUAACUGCUCGUGCCUCGGUUUGUUCUUUCGGAACAGCUCUGGUGACUGCUUCUUGUUUGAUUGGAUUGGGAGCUUUAAAAGCUCAGGAAGUGGAGGUUCUGGUUUGGUUUCUUUCAUCAAGGUGGCUACUAAUGGUUUAGGAGGUGGAGAUAACGGUGAUGAUGGUGAUGGGACACACUUUCCUUAUAUAGUAAUUAUCGUCUUGGCGACGGUUUUCAUCAUCGGUUGUUUGAUCUUCGUGGCGUUUCGGAUUCAUAGGAGAACGAGGACGAAAACUGUUUUGGACGGUGAUGAGGAGCAUAGCUCAGAGGAGGAUAACUUCUUGGAGAAUCUAUCGGGGAUGCCGAUUAGGUUUACGUUUAAAGAUCUUCAGUCAGCGACGAAUAACUUCUCUAUCAAGUUAGGUCAAGGAGGGUUUGGUUCGGUCUACGAAGGGACGUUACCUGAUGGCUCACGUUUAGCUGUGAAGAAGCUUGAAGGAAUAGGUCAAGGGAAGAAAGAGUUUCGAGCCGAGGUUAGUAUCAUCGGUAGCAUUCAUCAUCUGCAUCUGGUGCGGCUUAGGGGGUUCUGCGCGGAAGGAGCUCAUAGGCUUCUUGUUUAUGAGUUCUUAGCGAAAGGUUCGUUGGAGAAAUGGAUAUUCAGGAGAAGAGAUGGAGAUAUUCUGUUGGAUUGGGACACAAGGUUCAACAUCGCGGUCGGAACAGCGAAAGGUUUAGCUUAUCUACAUGAGGAUUGCGACGCAAGGAUCAUCCAUUGUGAUAUUAAACCGGAGAACAUUCUUUUAGAUGAUAACUUCAACGCCAAGGUAUCUGAUUUCGGACUAGCUAAGCUUAUGACACGAGAGCAAAGUCAUGUUUUCACGACUAUGCGUGGGACUAGAGGGUAUUUGGCACCUGAGUGGAUCACAAACUACGCAAUCUCGGAGAAGAGCGAUGUGUACAGCUAUGGGAUGGUGUUGCUAGAGCUGAUAGGAGGGAGAAAGAACUAUGAUCCAUCAGAGUCCUCGGAGAAGUGUCACUUUCCUUCUUAUGCUUUCAAGAUGAUGGAAGAAGGGAAGCUUUUGGAGAUUGUUGAUGGGAAGAUGAAGAACGUUGACGUGGACGAUGAGAGAGUUCAGAGAGCGAUGAAGACUGCGCUUUGGUGUAUACAAGAGGAUAUGCAUUUGAGACCGUCGAUGAGCAAAGUUGUUCAGAUGCUUGAAGGAGUUUUCCAUGUGGUUCAGCCUCCGUCUUCUUCCACUUUGGGCUCGAGGCUUUACUCGAGCUUUUGUAAGUCGAUCAGUGAGGAAGGUGGUGGUACGUCGUCUGGACCGUCGGAUUGUAAUAGUGAGAACUAUCUAUCGGCCGUGAGACUCUCCGGUCCGAGAUAGCCUAGUUAUUAGUGUCUUCUUCUUAUAGGUUUUUAGAUGACAUUACAACCAUGUAUUUGUAUGUAUAUUGUUGUUCUGUUUAAAACAUUAGUGCUCUUAUCAGUUUCAGUUUUGUAAUGUUCCGACUUGUAUACAUAGAUUAAAAUGCACUACUCAUCGAUUUUCUACUGAUAAUAGUAGAUACUUUUUGUAA